AUGGAGGAUCGCUGUGUCACACCAGAGGAUGGACCGGACGAAAGUGUUGAAGCCCUUGGCUUCGGUGCGGAGAAGUCCAGGCCAAGGUGGAGAUCCGUCGGCCAAUCAGAGCUGACGGAAGCUGAUGUCUUCGCGGAGGAGCGUGAGUGGCUACAAGCUCGCUCUCAGCGCCUCUUUGCUGCGCGAAGACGGAUCGAAGAAGCCAUUGCCUCGGCUGCCGACGAAGUCAAGCCUGAAUCCUUUUCGAUUGCCCUUUCCGGUGGGGGCAUCCGUGCUGCUGCAUUUCAGGCUGGCGUGCUGUGGCGGCUUGCGCAUGCUGGACAGCUGCAGGACGCGGAGUAUCUUGCGGCUGUUUCUGGGGGCGGUUACCUGGCUUCAAGCUUCGCUUCCCACUUGGCCGCAGCGGAGAGGCAGCCUCAAACUGGGGCCACUCGGCAGGAGGUUGCGGACUUCUACCUCGAUGUGCUUGCAAAGACGUUUUGUCGGAUGCAACAGAAUGCUGGUGGAUUUCUGCGUGAUCCCACAGCAGGACCAAGAGGGGAGAGCAGCUGGAGGAUUGCUUUUCGGCUGCCGAAGGACGGCUCAGGCAUGCUUCCCCGCAUCUUCGACGGCUUGCUGCUGCUUCUGACGCUUGCCACCACUCUGGCCCUGAAUCCCUUGCAGAUCACUGUGGUGUGGCUCGUGCCCUUUACAGAAGCACUGAACGUCUUCUAUGGCACAGCCCUUCGCAUAGCCUUCUGCGCGCAGGGUCUGCCGCAUUGGCAGAUCUUGUGGGAUUGGUCUCCAUACGGGACCUUCUUGAGAUUCUUCGAGUUGACGGCUGGGGUGAACUUCGCCUUCUGGCUCCUGUCAAGGUUUGCGAAGAGAGCAAGCUCGUCGGCAUCACCCAGGUGCUACCUCUUCGUCAACGGCUGUCUUGCUUGUGCCGCGCGGUUCCUUGGAGUAAUGCUUCUGCUGCUGGUGAUGAUCUUUGCGCUGCCGUAUGUGGAGGACUGGUCGAUUCCGGAAUCCGGGGGCCUGACUUUGCAGCAGAGGUCUGCUACGUGCGAGGAGCACUUCAGGGCAGCUAGUCCAUUGACGGGUGGCUGCGAGAAUGCAGAUGUCUUCGCCGAAGCGGGACGCUCUGUGGAUGAGUACAUUCGCUUCAACGCAAGCGCGGUGCAAAGAGGCAUCACUCCAGAGGUGCAGGCCGUUGUGCUCCCGGAAAACUCCACGGCCGUGGCUGGCCCCGACGUGGCAGUCUUCCUGGUUUUUCGCGAACUUCUUUUGAAGGGUGACCGUUCAGUGCUGAUCACCUUCUUCGGCAUCCUGGUGUUCCUGCUGACUGUCACGGUGCUUUUUGCACCCUUCCUGCCCAGCCUAUUCAUCUCGGUGGUGACGAUCACUGGCCCUUUGCUUGGUCUGACGAUGAUCAUGCUGAUGCUCCAGUACAGAAUCUAUGGACCCCUAACAGGUCAGGCUCUGAUGUUUGGGCAGCUGCCCUUCUCCGAAGUGAAGUGGCGUAUGUUCGUUCGCGUGUGCUUAAUGGCUGGCAUCGUCGUUGUGCCGUUCCACAACGAGCUUCGGAGACUUUGGCAUUGGUACUACUUGCGCACCCUUCAGCGCAACUUUUUCCACGGUGGUAAGGACCUGCCCUUCUCCAAGCUAGCAGAGCAGCCGCUCUGUCCGCUUCUGAUCCUUACAGGUACCGUGACAGACUACAGGCGGCUCGGCAAGCAGACGUGGCCGCGACUUCUCCUGGACCGUACCCAAACGAUCGCGGAGAUUUCGUUCACUGCGCUGCAUACUGGCAGCACCGCUACAGGCUUUAUCAGGACCACGUACUUUCGGACGCUGGCCAAGUGUACAGCCUUGACAGGAGCAGGCUGCCUGGACGCUUUGAGCCUUAGUAUGUCGAAUCGAUUGCGCUUUCGGUUUUGGCUGGAAAUCCUCAACCUCAGCUGGGGUGACUACAUCUUCUUCAGCAGGCGAGGUGCGAACAGGUACGUCGAGCGUGUGGCCAACGUGCUGCAGACGGAGGCUGGUCGGAAAUUCCGGUGGAUUGCACAGCAGUUUCCGGCCCUUUUCAUUUGGGCCAGUACUCAGGUGCUGCUUACAGUCGGCUGGAACAGGAUGUACAAGCCGGAGAACACACUGGAGGAUUGCAGCGUGGCCAAAUCGCUGGUGCUUGCCUCAAUCGGUCUCUGCAUCAGCUUGAUCGCUCUUAGCUUUUUUGCCUUUUUGCCCGGUCUUCACUGCCUCAUGGUGUCGCCGAUCAUCCGCCAGUUUCAUCAGGCUACUCGGUUCAUCUAUCGGGGUGAGCGCGCCCCACGGCUGGUUUAUGUGACAGAUGGUGGUGUGCAGGACUGCACAGCGAUUGUCCAGCUCAUGCGACGCCGCCGUAAAAGGAUCCUUCUGGUGCUUGCUGCCGCCGAUCCGCACGACGAGCUGGAAGUGCUAUGGAGUGCGAUGUGUUGUGCCAUCGAUCAGCAGGUUGGAACCUUCUUCGAUCCCUCUGGCAACUAUCGCGAUGUUCGUGCGGUGAUGCAGGAGUUCGGCGACCGGAAGGAGAUGCCUUUCUUGCGUCUUGGCAUUCGCUACGGCGGCUGGUCUCAUGCAAAGGAAGCUCCUACCUUCUCGUUGCUGGGUGAGCUGCUUGUGGUGAAGAACCGGAUGCCUCCCUGCCUUCGGGGGAUGCAGGCUGGCUCUUUGUUGACGGAGGAAGAGGCCUGCCUUCACAGCAAGCCCUGGAAGCCGAAGACCUCGGUGGUUUCUGCUGCUGCGACUGCUGCCACGGGAUUGGAUGCAACUGCGGGCCAAAGUUCCCGCAUCUUUCUGGAGCCAACUACUUAUGGCUCACACCGAUUCUCUUUGCCAACUUAUGCCGGCUCGGGUACGAGGCGGAUUUUGCACGGCAAGGGCAGGGCCUCUCGCUCGAGAUCUCGAGAGAAGACGUGCCGCUCGCUGGGUGAAGUUGUCCUUUGCACGCAGACGUGCACAAUUUCGACGACUUUGGGAGACGCCUGCGAUCAGCUCAUCGCGUCUGGUCAUACAGGAACCCUCGUGAUGCACGAGGGGGAAGUCGUGGGAGUCAUCACGGAGAAUGACAUCCUGGCCGCCCUGAUGGAUGGCAUUGACCGUGACAUUCAACUCGACCUCUGGCUGCGUGGAGGACAAGCAAGACUCCCAGGAUGCAUGGUGAACGCUUUGACCAUGACCCCAGCAAUGAGCCUUUUGAAAGCUGCCGAGAGAAUGGCUUGCCAAGCGGAGAAGGACUCGGGCUACGCCUGCCAUCACUUGCUCGUCUCCAACGGUUCGCAGCCUCACUUGGUGUCAGAUCUUGAUGUGGCCAAAAGCUUGAUCAGCAACCUGCCCAAGAGGAGCAGGGACGCCGUGUUCGUGGAAGUCAAGGAGGCAAUGAAGCCACGCGCAAAUGUCGCAACAUGCCGGCUCGGUGACAAGCUCAUAGAUGCGUACCGUAUUAUGUACGAGUCCAGGCAGAACUGUGUAUUGGUGCUGGAAGGACUCGGGGAUGUGGAAGGGGAGAAUGUCCUCAAUCCGGAGGACGAGGGCAGCCAUAUCCAUGGUGUCAUCACGAUUUCAGAUGCGAUGCGAACUUUCUCAGAGUGCCAAACUGGCGACAACAUACGAGUGCAAGGCUUUCUGAAUGGUUUGACUGCAGCUGAACACUUCACAGCUCCCGGAAGAAGCAUCCUCGAAUCACAGUCCCUUUUGGAAGCUGCAGAGCUCAUGAGCGAACUUGGCAUCCAUCAUUUGAUUGUUCUCAGCGCGAGACAUGACCAAAAAGAGAUUGUAGGCGUUCUUUCCGCGCUGGACAUCAUCUGUGCGGCCUCUGAAGAGGUGGUUGCUGCACUGGAAGCAGGGCCUCGCACGCCGGCCGGCUCUGUGUGCUUCCAACAGGAAAGUCCCCAAAGUGGUCGGAAGUUCGCGAAAGAGUGUUCUGAGUCCUCAACAUCUGCACCCAUUGCUUUGUAG